AUGUCCUCCAUUCCCCAAACCCUCUGGUCCGCCCAGAUCCCUCUGCACAUAAUCCACCCCUCCGCCCCAAACACCCCGCUCGUCACCUCCCUCCCGCGCUUCUCCUACCUAGCCCUCCUCGUCCCCCGCUGCUCCGCUUUCUUCCGCCACCCCGUCUCCGCCUUCCACCACGAGGACCUCCUCCUCCGCAACCUGCCCCUCGGCCUCCUCGUCGACCUCUACCAGCCGACUUUACCGUGGCGCCUUACCGUCAGCGAUGGCGAUAGCUGGGAUAUCGGCGACACCUUUCUCAACUGCGUCAAAGAG